AUGGCAAUGAUUAUUUGGUGCACCGUUCCAAAUGCACUGAGCGCUAUGAAAAUAUCGAAAAGCCUUGUUGAGUCCAAGCUUGUUGCAUGUGUUAACAUCGUUCCGGGCAUCAAAUCUGUUUAUCAAUGGGAAAACAAAAUACAAGAGUCCGAAGAACAACUUUUAUUCAUCAAAACGGGGGAAGAACUUUUCCCCCAAGUCAGGGACAACAUACUGAAGUUGCAUGAAUAUGAGGUACCUGAAAUCAUUGGGGUUCCAAUUACUCAUGCACAUCAGCCAUAUUUGGACUGGAUAUUGUCUUCAACUAAAAAAUUCUUUGGCGCUCCUGAAUAUAGUGUGCCUCCACUCCCGCUAAAAGUGGCAGACGCAGUUGGUGGGAAAAUAGCUAAUGCUACCAAUAAUAUUACGGAGCCCUUUAACAUCCUCACAGGUACCGGUUUGAUGCCCUGA